AUGACCCUAAACUACGAUGUGCUCAACAAUCAAGGAUUGCAAUACAACACAUUCAAGGAGCAGGUAAUUAAUUAUGCCAGAACAGGAGAAAUUAGACCAAUUGAUAUAAUUUACCCCAAUUUUUUGCGGCCAUCAAUUAAAGAUGGUCGUGUCACUUCCCAACCACAACAUAAAUUGUACAAACCUGUUGUCAGUAAGGGAAUUAUCCGCCCUUCUGACUUUUCUAUUCUCAACUAUGGAUUUAUAAACAAUCGACAUCCUCGUAUUUCGCCCCCAUAA